AUGACGACGACGACGGCUGGGGGGGGCGCGGGGACGGAGGGAGGCGCGAACGUGAGUGGAUGGACGCGCGCGCGGCGGGUCGAGCGGGCGAACGCGAGAGGAGACGUAAGAGCGCGGGCGGUGAGCUCGAGCGCGGCGUCGGCGGGACGUGAGAGCGGCGAGUACGACGCCGGAUCGAUUCAGGUGCUUCAAGGACUCGAACCCGUUCGUAAGCGGCCGGGGAUGUACAUCGGGAGCACGUCUACGAAAGGUUUGCAUCAUCUGGUGUGGGAAGUACUGGACAACUCCGUGGACGAAGUCCAGGCGGGGCACGCGAGUCACGUUCAGGUGACCGUGGAUGAUGAUGGAUUCGUCACCGUUAUGGACGACGGUCGCGGGAUCCCAACGGACGUCCAUCCGGUCACCGGUAAGAGCUCGUUGGAGACUGUGCUGACAAUUUUGCACGCGGGUGGCAAAUUCGGGGGCGAUAGCAGCGGCUAUCACGUCUCCGGUGGCCUUCACGGCGUCGGUAUCUCCGUCGUGAACGCUCUGUCCGAGCUUGUUGAGGUCACGGUGUGGCGUAACGGGAACGAAUACACUCAGAGCUUUUCGAGAGGCAUUGCCACAGGAAACAUGAAAGAAAAACAACAGGACGGCUCUGGGAACAAGAAGGGGACGAUGGUACGCUUCAAGCCCGACGACCAAAUCUUCGACAAAGUUAAGUUCGAUAACAAUAUCAUACGAACGAGAAUGAAAGAGUUGGCCUUCCUGAACAAGGGCACGGAGCUUCACCUGAAAACAUUCAAUACCAAGACCAAGUCUUACGUCGAGGAGAAACUGGUCUACGCUGAAGGUUUGAAGGACUACGUGUUAGAUCUCACGGCGGACGCGACGCGCUUACACGAACCCAUUACUUUUUCGGGAGAGAUGGAGGGCAUACGCGUCGAAGGGUCGCUGUGCUGGACUGCUGACUCCUACUCCGACACUCUGUUGGGUUACGCAAACAGCAUUCGAACGAUCGAUGGUGGUACUCACAUCGAUGGUCUGAAGUACUCUCUCACGAAAACGAUAAAUAACGCUAGUCGCAAGGCGAAGUUACUGAAAGAUGCAGAUUCUAAUCUGGGUGGCGAUCAUGUCCGCGAGGGCUUGUCGGGUGUCAUUGCCGUUUGGGUGCCAGAGCCGGAGUUUGAGGGUCAAACAAAGACGCGUCUUGGCAAUAGCGAGGUUCGUCGGAUAGUUGAGAACAUUGCGAGCGAUGCCGUCAUGGGGCACUUCGAGUUCAAUAGCGCCGACUUAAAGGCUGUUUUUGCGAAGGCACAGUCUGCUUUCAAAGCUGCUGAGGCUGCAAAGCGUGCGAGAGAGCUUGUUCGACGCAAAACUGUACUGACUGCCAAUCGAUUGCCGGGCAAACUGUCUGAUUGCUCGUCCUCUGACGCGGAUCGCACCGAAAUCUUUUUGGUUGAGGGUGACUCAGCGGGUGGUAGCUGCAAGCAGGGUCGCGAUCGAUCUUUCCAGGCCGUAUUACCGCUGCGCGGUAAGAUCAUGAACGUCGAGCGCAAGCUCGAUGCCGCGGCGCUUUACAAGAAUACUGAAAUCACCAAUAUGAUUUCUGCCUUGGGUCUCGGUACUAUGGGCGAAGAUCUGGACACCAGCGCGCUUCGGUACUCCAAGAUUAUCAUAUUGACUGAUGCCGACGUCGAUGGUGCACACAUCCGUACACUGCUGUUGACGUUUUUGUACCGUUAUCAGCGGGACUUAUUUGAAAAGGGCUUCGUAUACGCCGCUGUUCCGCCUCUUUAUAAGGUUGCCGUCGGAAAGAAGGAAACGUACUGCUACGACGACGACGAUCUCCAGCGCGUGCUUGCUGCUUUGCCAGAGGGGGCGAACAAGCAUAUUCAGCGCUUCAAAGGUCUUGGUGAAAUGAUGCCGGAGCAACUUUGGUCGACGACGUUGGAUCCGAAAACUCGCCUCUUGAAGCGUUUAACUGUAGACGACGCUUCAGCGGCUAAUCACAUGUUCUCCACUCUCAUGUCGAAGGAAGUCGAUCCGAGAAGGAGGCUCAUUGAAGAGGAAGGGGCUGCGCUCGCCUCGAUAGACUUUUAG